AUGCCACCAACCUACGAAGAGGAGGCACUGCAACCUGAAUUCAUGAUAUCUGCACCUCUUUAUUUAUCGCUGCCCCACGAGUGGCAGCUCCCCAAGCGAAGAUGGGAGGAGGCUAUUUUCCAGUGGGCGAAGAACGCGCCUCCAACACCCAUUUUCUGGGAUUUCGAUGAUCGAUGA